AUGAGGUGGGAGGAUAAAGCUGACUUACCUCAAGUCACGAUCCGGGCGACCAUAGUAGGGUUGAUAAUCGGAUCAAUGGUGCUUACAUCGAAUUUUCAAUUCGGUUUGCAAACAGGAUGGGCCUCCAUGAUGUCGUUACCUUCAGCUUUACUCGGGUUCACUAUAUUCAAGUUUUUACCUAUUUCCAAAAAGUUUACUGACGUAGAGAAUGUAUAUAUUCAGAGUGUGGCUGUUGCCACUGGUACAGGACCUUUAGCAUAUGGUCUUAUAGGAAUUAUUCCAGCAAUAGAGAAUUUCUUGAUGCCUGAAGAGACUGGCCUAGGAAGAGCUUUAAAAUUUAGUUUCUGGGAACUUGUGAUUUGGUCAUUGGGUUUAGCCUUUUUUGGUGUGUUCAUUGCGAUUCCUUUAAGAAAGCAAGUGAUUGUGAAAGAGAAAUUGCCAUUUCCUUCUGGAACUGCAACAGGUAUCCUUAUUUCGGUGUUACACGGAAACGAGCCCAACAACCAGAACGCAGAAGUAGAUAAUGGUUUACAACUUGCGGAAGAAGGGUCCGAUAAUGUAGAGAACACAGUAAGUCACUCAGAAAUUCAAAGGAUAGAUGGUGUUGAAUCUGAAGAUGAGAGUACUGACGAAUCGCCGCUCAUAGGCAAAUCCAAGGAAUUUCAUUCCAAUAUCAAGCCUUUAACAGUUACAUUUAUUAUCUCCUCAUUCUACACAUUGGUUGCAUAUUAUGCUCCCAUUCUUAGAAACAUUCCUAUAUUCGGAGCAACGGGGAAGAAGUAUCUCUGGACAUUUCAACCUUCCCCAGCUUAUAUUGGUCAGGGAAUCAUCAUGGGAUUACCAACUGUAAGCUAUAUGCUAUUUGGGUCGGUGCUUGGGUGGGGAAUUCUAUCUCCAAUGGCCAAAAUCCUCGGCUGGGCUCCUGGAGAUAUUGAUGAUUGGAAGACUGGGAGUCAAGGAUGGAUUAUGUGGAUCAGUUUGAGCAUCAUGAUAAGCGACUCGAUUGUUGCAUUUUUCGUUGUUGGUGCAAAAUCCUUGAAAAGCUUGGUAGCCAGGGAAGAUGAUUAUGAAGCAGAUUUGAAUUCUUUCUUAGAGUUAAAAGAUGUGGAUGAAAAGCAUCUCAUUAGCAAAAAUGCAACUUGGUGCGGUUUGUUUGCUUCAUCUCUUUUGUGCUCCAUUUGUUUGAAGAUGAUUUUCGGAACUUUAGUUCCCUUGUAUGCCAUUAUUACUGGGAUUAUUUUGGCUUUGUCCUUCUCAGUGUUGGCAGUUAGGGCUUUAGGAGAAACAGACUUGAACCCUGUGUCGGGUAUCGGUAAACUCUCUCAGCUAAUUUUUGCUUUGAUCAUUCCAUCUCGAAAUCCAGCCAAAAUUCUAAUUAACUUGAUAGCUGGUGGUAUAGCUGAGGCUGGAGCCCAGCAAGCAGGUGAUUUGAUGCAGGACUUGAAGACCGGUCAUCUUCUCGGUGCUUCGCCCAAGGCUCAAUUUGUGGCCCAAAUGAUUGGAACUAUCUAUUCAGUGUUUUUUUCCUCCUUGAUGUACUUAUUUUACAAGCAUGUGUAUAAUAUUCCAAACGAAAUUUUUAGAAUACCCACAGCAGUUAUCUGGAUUGACUGUGCUAGGUUGGUGACAGGUGAAGGUUUACCUGACAAAGUACCAGGCUUUGCUAUAUUCUUUGGAUUUAUAUUUGGUUGCAUAUCUUUAGCCAAGAACUUAACACCUGCUACAUCCAAAUACCACAGCUAUCUUGUUUACUUACCCAGUGGAGUGGCAGUUGGGAUUGGAAUAUAUAAUACACCCAAUUUUACUUUGGCAAGGUUUAUAGGAGGAGUUAUUUCAUUCUUUUAUUUGAAAAAAUAUCCUGUAAAUAGAGUAAGUCUUAUAAUUUUGAGUAGUGGGUUAGUUCUCGGGGAAGGCCUUUUCAGUGUUGUUACGAUGAUUCUAGCUUCAUUGGGUUUAUAG